AUGGACCAUGAACCCACUCCACCUACAGCUGACUUUGGAAAAUUUCUUAAUCUUCAGGUCUCAGGUGCAGAUGUCAACACUAAGAAAAAGACAAAUAAUGUCUUAGUUAUCAUGACAAGCUUUGUUUUUCCAGGCCGCUGCAGUCCAAAUGAAGAGCAAAUGGGUACCUGCGAGAAGCUCUGCCGAAAAAGCCUGCACCACAUGGCUCAAGCCCUGGCUCAAAUGCCUCACUCCUCUCUUAAGCCAGUGAUGCAGUACAAGCAAAUGCUCAUCUUCUGGAGCUACCUGAGGAUGUACCCUGCUGCUGCUGCUGCCCCCGACUCUGCCCUGGCCCUACUUCAAGGCCCCCUAGCACUCCCUGGCCUGUUAAGCUCAUCAUCCCUUUUCUUCUCUGGACAAGAAGCAGAUGAGAGUGGAAGAGGGGCUUGUCUUUGGCGGCCCUGGUUGUCCUCCACAAAUGACCCCUCAAGGCUGAGGAGAAAGCUGGUGGAUUUGGCCACUGGUGGGGCAACAGCUGCUGAGGCCACCAAGGCUGACUCUGAGUUCCAUCACCCUGUCAGGCUCUUCUGGCCUAAGUCCCAUUCCUUUGACUACUUGUUCAGUGCUGGGGAAGUUUUACUGCAGAAUUUCCCUGUCCAGGCCACCAUUAACCUGUACGAGGACUCAGAUAGUGAACACGAGGAGGAAGAAGAAGAAGAGGAGAAUGAAGAUACAAAUGAAAAGGGGCCAAAAGAGUGUGUGAGGAUACCAAGGUCCACACCACACAGGGCCACAGAUCCUCUUAAGAAUCUAUGGAUUCUCAGGACUGGCAGGUGGUAUGGUGGUUAAAGGUGCUGGACUCCCACAUGGCUGAUCGUAGUUUGAAU